AUGGCCACUCCCGCCGCACUUCCGCCGCUACCCUUCAACCCGUCCAGGGUACGGUCUUACGUCCUCCGCCUACCGCUUUUCACCCGGCUCGUGCUUCUAGCGAUCAUUGUUUUCUGGCUGCUGGAGCUGCAGACAAUUUGGAGCGUGGUACAAUGGGGCUCCGUGAUACCGGAGGAGGUUGGAUUCGGCACCAUGUACCGUCUUAACACCUACCCUUUCAUCCACUUGGGAUUCUUCCAUGCCUUCUUGAAUAUCCUGGCGCUCACUCCCUUGUUGGAGCGCUUUGAGGCCGAGCAUGGCACGUUGACCGCCGUUGCGCUGUUUAUUGGGCAAACACUGCCGUUGUGGGUUCAAGUAUCUGGGUCUUCCUUCUCCUGGGUUCCGAGGCCAUUCGGACUUUUAAAUCAAACCCCUACUUUAGGUAUGUUCGAGCACGAGUCUGCUUCAGAGUUCUCGGCUAAUACAGCUUCAGUCUCGGAUCGACCAAGAUUCCCACAUGGACGUCGCCCCUGUUCGCAUGCGCUCUUGUCUCGAUCCUUGUACCUAACACCAGUUUCCUUGGCCAUCUCUGCGCUAUUCUGGUUGGAUACUUGCCUAAUCUGCUCGACAGUCGGCCUCGGGGUCCUCAAAAUUUUCGUUCCCCCGGAGAAGGUUUUGAGAUGGAUUGAAGGUAAACUCAACCUGCUCGGUAGACUGCCACACUAUGUGUCAGUGGAUCAGAAGACGUACGGCCGUUAUGGUGUCCUUCCAACGACUACCACCGGCGGAGAAAGGGGAACCCCGAUGAGCUUCCUCGGCUCAUCGCAACGCCUUGGUCCGUGA